AUGGAUGUUCUGCCGGAUAAGAAUAGUGGAUAUGGGACCAAGGAAUACUGGGAUUCGAGGUAUGAGCAAGAAAUCGGGUCUACAUUUGACUGGUUCAAGACCUUCGAGGCACUACGGCCGCAUUUGGAGGAGUUGAUCCCUAAAUUUGCACGUAUAAUUCAUCUUGGAACUGGCAACUCCACACUACCAGAAGACAUGUUUGAUACCGGGUAUCAUAAUCAAGUCGCUAUGGACUAUUCACCCGUCGUGAUUCAAUCUAUGAAACAGCGAAAUUUGUCGAGACCUGGGUUGGAAUUCAUUGAAGCUGACGUGUUUAGGCUGGACUCGAGUUUCGAAGCUGGAUCGUUUGACAUCGCUAUUGACAAAGGAACGCUGGAUGCGUUCUUGACGUCAGAAAGAGAUCACGAUCCUUGGAAUCCUUCUGACGAGACAAAGCAGCUUGCUAGAGACUACAUGCAACAAGUACAAGCUAUACUGAAGCCCACGGGAAAGUUCAUUCACAUAACAUUCGCUCAACCCCACUUUCGCAAACCACUACUAAAUCUGGAACCGACAAUGCAAGUGAAAACCGCCCGAACGUUGCAAGGAGAUGGAUUUGAUUACUUUUUAUAUAUAUCUGAACACACAUUAUUGUAA